GGCCAGUCGAGGGAGCGAUUUGCCUCCACGGACCUCACGAUGUGAUUCUUGGCGAUACGGGAUCCAGCUGCGAGGCCACGAUCGGACAAGGCUACCCAUUUACCUGGGGGGCACAAGUGAUACUGCUGACUUGAUAAUACUUGCUUUGCGCUAGGAAUCUCACUGGCUGACAGCCCUCCAUUAUAAGCACACGAUUGAGUUUCUACUCGCUUGCCUUAGAACCCCCGCACCGUUUGCGCGCCCACACGAGCCCUACCACCACAACUAUGGCCUGCCUCAUCGUCUGAUUACAGCUCAUCAGCCCGCGCCUUUUCUCAGCCAUGGAGAUCAAUCAGCCCUCCUCUUCAACCUUCAUCGGCGAACCAUCGAGCACACCAACAAAGUCGUGGCACAGAAGACGGCUUUCGGGAAAUCUCCUCAUUGGUGGUCCACGAGAUGAGCAGCGAGACUUAGGUCCUCUCUCUGAUCACCGUCCAGCGACGCCUGCAUCCCUCGACAACUCUCACCACGAUGGGUUUAGUUGGUACAUGCAGCCACUAUACUACAACACGCCUCCUCCUUCGCCUCUGUCGGAAAGACGCACGAAGAUUCGGAGCGCCAACUCACCCAAUCUGCUCUCUUUUCUCUCACCUGGGCAAGACGAGCCUAUGGAUAGUCCUGGUGACUCUCGGAGCAGCUCGCCAGGUUUCUUCACAUCAAAUGCCAAGCGCUUCUCGUCACUCUUAUUUUCCCCGCUCUUUCCUUCGCCGCAGUUCAGCUCGGAUCAACUUUCAUCACCAAAGCCAUCCGCGCCUUUCGAGGUGGUCUGUUUAACGCCGUACUCGCCGUCACACCGUGGUCGGAAUCCGCGCUUGAUCGAUCUCACUAUCCAGGCACAAUCUCCUCAUCCGGACCUGUCCGACGAUCCUUUUGCACCUGAUCCCAUCGCUGUGUCGGCUUCUCCGCGGGCUCAGAAACGACCCCUUACACCACAGGCGCGCCCUGGUAGCGGAAUUUUCGCUCCAUUCAGACGGGACUCGGUCCUCUUCGUACCUUCAAAGGCGCCGGGAUCGAACGACCGUCACCCUACGACACGGCAUCGCGAGUCGCGUGCGCGCAGCAAGAGCUUCAGCGGUAUCCCGCUUGCGUGGUUGAACAACCCGCUCCUCGACGCCGACUUAGAAGUGCUACAACGCGGUCCCGAAAUUGCAUCGCCUACAGUUGAUCCGCUGUGGCAAGCUGCAGAUGAUGCGCGCACGCUUCCGAACAUUAACCCAGGAUCCAUGGAGCAUCGCACUUCAUUCCUGGGCCAUCUCAGCAUAUGCAAUCAGAAUGGUCACUCUUACGAAGAUGCUGAGGAGACGUUGCGCGAUUGUGGCAGCCAAGCUACCUUCGACAUGCAAGAUUUUUUCGAGGACAACUACUGGCGGCGAAGGAGUCAGCGCAGUCUUGAACCAGCCUGGCCAGAGUCUCUGCUCGAACAUCCGGAGGAGAGACCAACGGAGCUCGCACCAGCGCUAGAGCUCAAACAUGUAACCGAUGAUGGCCGCUUGUCAAUUCCCAGAACGCUGCUGUACGAUUUUGACCGACAUGAGCGUGAUGCGUCUCAACCUCCGAUCGACCAACUGCAAGCUCGCGACGAGCUUCGCACGCUCGGGUCGAUUCGCCGACCGCCCAUCAUCUCAAGAGAAGCACUCCAAAGCAUUUGCAGCGAGCUCCUAGCGCGCAGACAAGAGCGAGAUGCGGCAGAGUGCCUGCUGAAGAAGGGGCGUACGGGUGAGACCCUUGUCACUCUUCCAACAAGGCGAGGAGUCAGGAUAUCUAAUAGCCUACCAAUGCUAUUCAGCAUUGCGAAUACGGCAAGUGCGGUCGGUCCAAAACCGCCCGUGCGGGGGGCAGACUCUCAAAUUACUGGGAGGCGCGCGGUGUGCCGGAAGAAGAGCUUCUCAGACCUGCUCGCUGGAUGCAUGUCUUCUGUCAAGUCAACCACAAGCACUCGUUUCAAGGACUGAUCAAGGACUGAUUGGGACCCUGAAAGUGAAUAAAUCUUACAAUGGCCUAGCUAUGGUAUGUGAUA